CCACGUUCUCCAUGUCAAGGUUAAGAUCAUUGACAGAGAGAAACAACAACGUAUGGAAUCAUGACAAACAGAUCGAUACGUCCAUUCAAACAUCUCAGAAACAGCUACAGCUAGAGGGUCUCAGGGAGAGGAAGAGACAGUCACCUCUAUGUUCUUCUUCAUGACUGUGACGGCUCUUACUCCAGCUCUGGGCCUCCUCAUCCUCUCACCGGUUCUGCAACAGGGCGUAGAAUAUGGAGAGCUGCGAUUGGUUGGAGGCCGAUUGCCCAGUGAGGGUCGAGUGGAGAUUUACUACAAUGGGGAAUGGGGCACAGUCUGUGAUGAUAACUGGGAUAUCACUGAUGCUCAUGUGGUAUGUCGCAGUCUGGGUUACAUCAAUGCAACUGAGGCAACUAUAGGAGGCAUCUUCGGAUCAGGGUCCGGCUCGAUCCUAUUGGACGACAUUUACUGCACAGGUUUAGAAUCGUCUCUGACACAAUGUCAAAGCGAAGGCUGGAAAAUUCACAACUGCCAGCACUCUGAAGAUGCUGGUGUUCGCUGUGACCCACGGAGGAUUGACGUUUUGUCUGGGUACCGACUCGAUCUAACAGCAGAAUUCUAUGAGUCGCUGAGCCAGCUGUACAGUAGCCGCAGAGACUGUGAUAUGAACAUCUCAGUGAGUGUGCGGGAGAAUGGCAGUGAGGUGCUGACAAGCUGUGUGCACAGGUUAAUAUUUAGCAUGCACUCCGAUGGAAACCUGAUCAGUCAAACUCCUGGCAACACUUUCCACAUGGUCAUCUCCCAGGACUGUGUCAGAUUUGUCAAUGAUUUCAUCAGAUAUUUUUACACCAGGAAGCUGUACAUUAAGUUGUUUUCAGUGAAAUGCCUUCACAGCAUGGCGUCCAAUUACAGUGUGACUGCAAUUCGUGAUUACUGCGAUAAACUGUUUUAUAAACUACUCCCCCAGGAUCCUUCCUUCAAGCACCAGCUGGAGCUGUACAAAUACGCUGAGCUGGUGAAUGACUUCUAUCUCCAGGGUUUAUGCUUGAAAUACUUUGCCUGGCACUGUGAGACUUUCAGCCAAUCAGCAGUGUGGUACCAAAUGUCGGGGAAGGGGUUGGGCAUGUUGCUGCAGAGAUCGGAUCUUGUUAUUCGGGAUGAGUUCACUUUGUUCCAGGCAGUUGAGGCCUGGAUUGUUCUGAAUGAGAAGCCUGAGCUGACUGACCAGUUAAUGGGGAAAAUUCGCUUCAACAUGAUGUCCCCAGAAACAUUGGUCUCUAUCCCAUUUAACUCGACUCUCUACCAGGCUUCCCAGAAUACCUUCAUCCCUAAACUCCUCGAAGCGUUUGAAUUCCAUUCCGUUUCUGUGCAAAAGCUAAAAUAUUACAGAAAUAUCUUGGAUCCUCAGUACCAUCCCAGAACCUACACUACGUUACAUUGGAGCACCCUUCUGCCCAUCACCUCGACUGGGUACAGCCCCUCUCGAGGAUCCACACGGUACUCAGGGAAGUCUUUUUAUAUGACUCCUGCUCCAUACCACGGUGAGAGCGAAUGGUAUUACAGUGGAUUUAACCCCUUUCGCUCCUCUCCCAGCUCCUUCUUUCAGACAGCUGAGCACAUGAGCCAGCUAUAUACCAACAGGAAGAAGCUCUCCUGGUCAGCUUGGUAUCACCACAGUGCUCAGAGGUGUCGAAACAGUAAUGUCAUCUGCCCCUAUGACACGUAUCCAGUAGCUGCAUUAACCACGGCCACUUACACCAUCCCAAUGUCCAUCACAUACCACAACAGAGUGCUCCUGCUCUGUGAUGAUCACCACAUUGCCUUUGUUCAGGACAUGAAGAAUUCCACAGCUGUACUCCCCUCACUCAAUACUACCGGCCUCUUCCUUUUCCCUUGUAAGACAGGAGUUACAUCUAUCAGGUUUGUGGUCAGGCCAAUCUAUACCUAACCCCCCUCCCAACCCCGGGCAUUCCAGAUGACAUACUCCAUUGGACAGACGCUCCAUAGAGCUCCUGGUGUCACCAUUAACCUGUGCACAGCCAUUUCUCUUAUCCUGAUGAUAAAUUCUCCCAAUUCUGCAGAGAAUAGACCCACAUUUGUUCCAGCCAAUGUCUACCUAUUGGGAAAAGCUUUUACAGUUAGUUUUAUGAGCUUUCUUCUUGUAAGUUUACAUUGAUUCUAUUCUGACUUCCUUGGCCUGCUUUUGCUGC